UCGGAAGUGAAAUUCUCAUAUUCUUUAACGAAUAAUUGUAAGCCAAAGCCGCAAUACUCCAUUCAAGUUUUUAUGUCGUCAACUUCAAUUCCCAGAAUGAUAUUAUGUGAAGUCGAAAUAUGAACUAUGUCAAAUCUUGCAAAAAAUAGAGAAACAUUACAAAGUUCCAUUCAUGGUAGUUUGGGAGGAAGUCAGAAUGCCGUCGAUGGUAUGAGCAACGCGAAAUGGAAUUCCCUAGAUCCAACUUGUGCUCAUACAAAUAGUUUAUUAAAUUCUUGGUGGUUGGUUGAUUUAGGUGAAAACUGUGUGGUUUUCGCUAUUUCAAUUAUAAAUAGAUUAAUUAAGGGUGAUCGCCUAAGAGAUUUACGAAUUGAUUUAACGGAUACAAAAGAUAUUUUUACAAGUGAAAGGACAACUUGCGGGCAGUAUAGAAGAAAAGUCAAUUUCAAUAAUAUAGCUAUUUGUGGUAAUCCUGAUAAUAAUAAUCAAUAUCAAGCCAUUGAUUUGUCAUCACUUAAUUUAAAUAGUGUUAAUAUUGAACUCAAAGGUAUUGGUGUUGAAGAUUCAUGCAUUAAAUAUGAAAUAAUUUUAUCAGCUAAUUUUUUCAAGUAUUUAGGUUUGAGAGAAUAUCAUUUAUCUUCGAAGGAAAAUAGAUAUUACGAAGAAAUUGAUAUGACUGAUUAUGUCCAACCUAUAAGACUUCUAUUAAAAUUUUGCUAUGUUGAUUUUAUAGAUAAAAGCUAUGAAUGUGGACCAGCUCCCAGGUAUAAUAAAGACUGUUGGCUAGAAGAGAAAUUUAAUCUUGGACUAGAAAUACCUAAUCUUCCUUAUUAUAUUGACGGUAAAUUUACAUUAACUCAAAGUACCGCCAUUUUGCGUUACAUAGCCAACAAACACCAUUUAAGCGGAAAUUCAGCUGAGGAAGAUGGAAAAAUAGACAUGUUAGCUGAACAAUUAUUUGAUUUUCGAGAGAAAUUUGUAGAAGUUUGCUAUCACGACGCCCAUAAUCAGUAUAAAUGCGAGAAAUUAAAAGAUUACGAAGUAAUUAAAGAUCUAUAUAUAGAAAACCUUGAUAAAGAUUUAACAAUAUGGGAGAAUCUAUUAGCAAAAAAUGAUAAAAAUCAAGAAUGGUUACUUGGUUCAAAGGUUAUCAAAUAA